AACACGUAGGGCUUGUGGCGUGCUCCCGGUUGGGAGGGGAGACUUGAGCCGUCCACCGGUUCCAGCUGUAGUUCCGUACAAGUGACUCUCUCUGUCACACAUAUUCGGCAGUCCUCGGAAAAACUCAUGCUCAGAAUCGUGUGACUCGGUUUUCCUUCCAGGACAGAAUGUCAGAAUGGUGUUUCGCCUAUGCGACGUUGACAAGGAAAAGUGCUGAGUUCGUCAGAACUUCCCACCUGAAAAGUAUCCCGAACUAAAUUGAAGUCCUUGAAUGCGUGACAGACGUGUCUCCAUAAUACACACGACUGAGACGAAUUCCAAGAUCGCCGUCCAGGUUGUUCGAGCCGCUACGACGAGACUUGCAGAUUGCGAAAUCCUUCGUCAAUAACUCUUGGAGUUCUCAAUUUCCUCAACCAGCUACGGCGUAUCUUCGGACAAGAGUUGAACUGUGAUGCGGAGAGUAAGGACAUCCCCGAAGAGCGGAAUGGAUCCGAGUGUGGAACGAGUCAAAGUGCUCGUCUUAGGCGAUUCGGGCGUCGGCAAAUCAGCGGCGGUGAAUUUGAUUUGCACUGGUAAGCCAGCAAAUCGAGCCCGGCCAUCAACAAUCGGUUGUAAUGUGGAAGUAAAACUGCACGAUUACAAGCCCGGCACGAACAGCCAGAGAACCUUCUUUGUGGAGCUAUGGGAAAUCGGAGGCAAUGCGGGGCAUGCUCAAGCCCGUCGAGUUUUCUACAAGUCCGUUCACGGUGUAAUACUCGUGUACGACUUGACGAAUAGUAAAAGUCAUGAUAACCUCAAAAUGUGGUUAGCCGACGCCUUCUCGCAACGCGAGCGAGCGCAUUUCGACGCCGAGACUUUCGCUGAUCUGCAAGUCCCUGUUUUAGUUAUCGGCACAAAAGCACUACAGAAAACGGAACGCAGGGGACUGACGAUCGCUGACUUCUGCGGCGCGGAAGAGCUUCUCAUCGAUUCGUUCUCGGAAACGAGCCAUGGCCUGGAUCCGGGGUCAUCGAACGCUGUCAAACUAUCGUACUUCUUUGACAAAGUCAUCGAGAAGAGAUAUUUUUCUGAGAGCAUCCAGAGUUCUCCCCCGACGUGUGUAGGGGAUAGGAGGAGACCAGCGACUUCUCCGCGCUACCUUCAGCACCUCGACUAGCAUGAAGUUUCCGAUUCAGAAGGACAUGUCAGUGAGGCGCGGUAAAGGAUGGGAUGAAUAAAUAAAUGAAUAUUUUUGUUGAG